AUGUCAUUUGAUGAAAUUAUUCAAGCAAUCGAUCGACUAGUAGUUGAUUUAAAAGAAUAUAAAGAAACUGAUGAUAUAGAUAAAGAUAAAGAUAAAGAUAUAGACAAUAUACCUACUAUUAAUGAUAAUGAUAUUAAUAAUAAUGAAAUAGAUGAUAAAAAGAAUGAUGAUAUGGCAAUGCCUGAUAAAUGUGUUUCAUCAGAGACAACAACAAAUGAUGAUAUAGAACCUCCUUCUCCUUCUUCUCAUCGUCCUCCUCCUCCUACUAUUCAAUCUUCAUUGGAAACAAUAACACUUAGGAAUACACAAACUGUAAUAGAAAUUAAAAAGGUUAAAAAGAUUAAAGAAUAUGAAUGGCUUGGAUCAUUGGAAAAAGUGGUAGAGUUGGUCAAUUAUCUAUCAUCACCUCGAUUGGAAUUUGUAUGGUAUAGGGAUGCUAUACUUUGUGCGACCGAUCAAGCAAAAUUGAUAGAAGAAAUGUGGAAACUUACCUUUCUCUUGGAACCAUACGUAUCAAAGUCCUAUCUAGUUUUUGGUGGCGUUCAUGAACUUGUAUCAAAACUAUUGCGAUUGGUCAAUACAUUUCAAGAGGAAAAAUCAAUGUUUAUAAAUUCAAUGGCAACUCAUUGGAAAUUAUUAUAUCGUUUAGGUGCUACUGUUAAAAGAUUAAAUGAAGUAUUAUUAAUAGAAUUAUCGACGAUAGCAUUGGAAGGAAUUGAAAUUGCAAAUGAACAUAGAACGAUGGGAUUAAAUAAUGUAGAUGAAUUGAUUAGAAGAGUGAAUAGUGGAGAGAAAUAUGAAUUGUUGGCUUUGGAGGGAUUGUAUGCGGUGAUUUCGUCGUAUACCGAUGACACUGCGCUCAUACCAAAUGAAAAGGUGGUCGAGGUGGCCAAACAACUCAAACGUAAACAUGGUGAAGAGAUGAUGUGGAUCAUUCACAAUGUCUUUACGACUGCCUCCCCCGAACAGAUAGAUUAUUGUGUCAGUCACGGUUGUCUCGAUGUUUUUGUAUCCAUAUCCUUGCUCAUCAUGUCAGACUCUAAAGCACGUCAUCGAUGGGUUGGCGUUCUCCAUCUCAUCAUGAGUACACGACAAAGUAAAGCUCACUUGAUUGAAUUGGGUGUAAUGCAAGUCGUCUAUGAUCUAUUAAAAAUCACAGGAGAUUCUGAAGAAUUUGAUACUCUUCGUACAGUUGAAGGUGAUUUUCUAGAAUUAUUAAAUAUUUAA